CCUAAUUGUUGUGAUAAACUUAUUAAAUAGAUAGUAGUUGAGUGAGUUGUUGUGGCCAAAUUGAGACGAAGUUAAAAUAGCUUUAAAAUGUGCGGUAUCUUCUGCUAUCUGAACUAUCUCACCCCGCAGACCAAGAAGUACAUCUUGGAUACUCUGCUGCAGGGCCUGAAGAGGAUGGAGUAUCGGGGAUAUGACUCGGCCGGUUUGGCUGUGGACAGAUGCUGCGGAGACAAGAGCACGGUUAUCGUCCGCGAGAGAGGAAAGGUGGCGUCAUUAGAGAAGUUAGUGAAUGUUAGUCAGGAGCUAAAUAUGGACGAAGUGUGCAAUAUUCAUUGUGGAAUAGCCCAUACUAGGUGGGCCACACACGGGGAACCGGCACCCCGAAACUCUCACCCUCACAGAUCAGAUGCAAAUAACACAUUUGUGGUGAUCCACAAUGGUAUAGUGACAAACUACAUGGCAAUAAAGAACUUCCUCGUGGAGAAGGGCUACACGGACUUCGAGAGCGAAACAGACACUGAGGUUGUUGCCAAAUUAGCUCUCUAUAUCUACAACGAAAACCCUUCCACGACAUUCCAAGAACUGGUGGAGACCUUAAUUGGCAUGAUCGACGGCGCAUUUGCAUUCCUAUUCAAAAGCAAUAAAUUUCCGGAUCAAGUUAUCGCGACUAGAAGAGGCAGUCCACUGAUAGUUGCAAUCAAAGCCGACGUAGAAAUGCUCACAGAAUACUUCCCAAUCCUCUACUCCUCUGCGAUGUCUGACUCGCCUAGAGCGAUAGAUCAUCCCCACUCUCCAUUGAGUCAUGGGGUUGUGAAUGGACACUCGAGUCAAGAUCGGACCUCAUCAUCAGGAGUAAACAGAAACGAAAUCCCCUCUCCUAGCGGCCAUUCAGGGGGAGAUUUACCGAAUGGAACUACGAACAUUAACGGUCGCAUAUCACCAGGCACUGCAAUGACCGCUUCUGCCGGUUCAGGGGAGUUCAAAUUGGGAGGUAAAACGCCAGUGGAGUAUUUCUUCGCUUCAGAUGCCAGUGCUGUGAUUGAGCACACGAAUAAAGUAAUUUACUUGGAAGACAAUGAUAUUGCGCAUGUGGACAACGCAGGGGGACUGCACAUAAUGAGGACAAAGAAGAAGCACGCAAAUGAGAAAGACUUCAGAUCUGUGAACACAUUGCAAUUGAAACUGGAGGAGAUCAUGAAAGGUAGCUACAACUAUUUCAUGGAGAAGGAGAUCUUCGAACAGCCGGAGUCAGUGGUGAACACCAUGCGAGGAAGAUUGAACUUCGAGACCGGACAAGUUGUGCUCGGAGGUCUGGUGGAACACUUGGACGACAUCAAACGCAGUCGUCGUCUCAUCAUGAUAGCAUGCGGAACGAGCUUCCACUCGGCUCUCGCCACCCGACAGAUACUAGAAGAGUUGUCCCAGCUACCGGUGAUGGUGGAAUUAGCCAGCGACUUCAUGGAUAGACACACGCCUAUUUUCAGAGACGAUGUCUGCUUCUUCAUUUCACAGUCUGGUGAGACAGCGGACAGCCUUUUGGCGUUGAGGUACUGCAAGAAGAGAGGUGCACUGUGUGUUGGAGUGACAAACACGGUCGGCAGCUCAAUCAGCCGAGAGACCAGUUGUGGAGUGCAUAUUAAUGCGGGCCCAGAAAUAGGAGUGGCGUCCACGAAGGCAUACACUAGUCAAAUUAUAUCCCUGCUGAUGUUUGCUCUCUUGAUCAGUGCAGAUAGAAUAUCGAUGAUGGAGAGAAGGAAAGCGAUCAUAAGCGAGCUGGAAAAGUUGCCAAAAAAGAUAGAGAAAGUGUUGGAGCUGGCAGAGGAUUUGAAGAAACUAGCAGAGCAGUAUCAGAAAGAGAACAGUUUCUUGAUUAUGGGCAGGGGAUACAACUAUGCCACCUGUCUAGAGGGUGCACUGAAGAUCAAAGAGAUCACAUACAUGCACUCGGAAGGAAUCAUGACUGGAGAGUUGAAGCAUGGACCUCUGGCGCUGGUGGAGGCCACAAUGCCCAUCAUCAUGAUUGCUGUGAGAGACUCAGUCUACGUCAACUGCCAAAAUGCACUGCAGCAAGUCAUCUCCAGAGGGGGCAAGCCCAUUCUGAUCUGUGAAGAGGGGGACGAAGAGAUAGUGCGUCUGGCCACUGACAAAGACGGCAACUGCAAACUGGCUCAGGUGAUCCGGGUGCCCAAAACAGUGGACUGUCUCGCAGGCGUCCUCACAGUCAUACCUCUCCAACUCAUAUCUCUAUACGUGGCAGUACGCAAUGGACUCAAUGUUGACUGCCCUCGAAACUUGGCCAAAUCAGUAACUGUCGAGUAGCCAAUGAAAAGUAAAAAAGCAAUAAAUAAUGUUGAACGAGUUUCGAUCCACUGGUCCAGACAGCGAAAGUAGGAAGAACCACCAAAUCACACGAGGGAGAGGGAUCAAAAGUACAUAAAAGUGCACUUCAUCUUCAAAUCCUACUUAAGAGAAAAUUUCCAGUAUAACUGGUUAUAUUAUGACUUUAAAGUGCGUCUAAAUUUUUAAUCAAUCGUCGUGUAUGUUAUCGAUUCAAUGUUGCGCUUAAAAAGUCUGUUCAAAUUAUAUCUUGAGGGAGUCAGAUGAAAUUCCAUGCAUCUAGUUUGCCUGCUUUUGUUGUUCGACUGGCUAUAAAAUGAAUAUUGGGGUUCACCAGUGCUUUAAUAGUUGGUGUUAUAGAAGCAUUCAGUCGGUCCUGGGUUUUAAUAUUGGAACAGUUUUAAUUAGUUUUGAAAUUUUAUUUUAGUGGAGAAAACUUAUCAAGAAAAACUAGCCUCCACAAAAUCAGAGAGUGAACGUUUUCAUUGGCUGAAAUAAUGAAUAGAAUAAAUCGAAUAUGAACGACUGUAUUCACUGGUUGCGAAUAACCAAAUAAUUAGAAACUCAUUUUGGGUAAUAAUGCCAUCUUAUGUAUUUAUGCAUUAAAAUUCUAAUUCAAAUAUUUCCAAAGACC